UUAUGGAAAACGAUGAAAGUAAUUCCAAUAGUAAUCUAUUGUUUGCAAAGAGAAUGCGUUCCGCUUUUAAUAUUCAACAAAUCGUUAAAAGAAUAGAAAGCAAAAUGACAUACAAUUGCUCGGGAAAGAAUAAUGAUUUCUUCGAGAUGGCUGUAAGACUUGCAGAUUUAUUUGGAGAUGAUGUAGUGGUUGAUGGCCUUGCUAUUGCUGAAAAUGGACUUGUAAGGAUUGUUCGCGAUGAUGAGGGUGUUUUCCCUUUGAUUUAUGAGGUCAGAACAGGCUCCUUCUGUACCCAUUCAUAUUACUUUUAUGAAGAUGUGAACUUUUGUCGAUGCUCUUUCUUCUCAAAAAGAGUUGUUUGUGCGCGGCAAGCUUAUAUGGUUGGUGAUUUUAACUAG